AUGACUAUUGACAAUACUAGUAUUUCUCCAAAAAAGCAUAGAGAUUCAUUUUCAAGCAACAUAAAUGUUGAUGAUAGCUAUCAUAGAUGUUUUCAGAAUUAUUAUCAUGGCCAUAACUAUCUAAAUCCUAAUCCAAAGUAUAUUACCAAUGUGAAAUCUAACGUUAAUCACUGGCAAUUAAGAGACUUGAUAAAGAUUAAUCAAAAUUCUGGUGACGUUUUCUACACUAAAAGUUAUUCGAUAUGGAAAUUAGGCUUGAAGACAAACAGUUUCUCAGAUAGCAAAUCUUUGAUGUCCAAGGAAAUCCUUAAACCUGAUUAUUCCCCAAGAUGUUUUGAUAUUACUAAUGACAAUAAGAUGGUCAUCGGUGGAUUAAUGACUAGUGCUUAUAAGAUAUUCUAUUCCAAUAUCGAAGGACUUUCUGUGAAUAAUCAAAAGAUUCUUAGACCACAAAAAGGUUUGUUCACAUUUUGCAAUAAUGAUUUAAACGUUUAUAAGACAGUCAAGAUUGGAGAAAUGAUUAAUAAUUCAGUAUCGGUUUACAAUACUAAUGACACAAACAUGUAUAAAUCAUAUGUGUGUAAUAAUGAUUCAUCGUUAUAUUGUAUCGAUAUCUUGAACAACGAUAAGUUGUCUAUUCAUAAUAAAAUAAUAUGUGAACAUGAUGUAUCAUUAAACAAUGUGGCCAAAAAUCCAGUUAAUGAGAAGAACCUUAUUGUAACAGGAGAUUCACCGUCGAUAUUUUUAAUUGAUCCUACGAUGAAAAACUCCAAAAUCAACACUAUUAAAACCAAUAAUGAUUCAGGAUUUGGUAUUAGUUUCCAUCCUAAUGGUCACUUAUUUUCUACAUCAUUUCAAAAUGGACACUGUUUAGUUUAUGAUUUGAGAAGUGUUAGUCAGCCUUUGAAGGAAAUCAAAUCAACGAGACCGGGACAUCAAAGUGGAGCUUUUAGAUGUUGUAAAUUCUCUAAUAAUUCAUUCAGUGAUCUUUUAGUGGUACUGGAACAUGUUGGUAGAGUUCACUUAAUAGAUUUAAGGAACUUAAAUGAUGAUAAUCAUCAAGUAAUAAUAUUUCCUUUUGCAUUAGAUCAAUUUGGUGAUUACAAAUCCAAGAAGAUUAUUGAAGAUUCUGAAAAUGAUUUGAAGUCGAAUAAAUCAUAUCACCAUAAUCUUGAUAUUUAUGAAGAUGAAUCUAAAAUCAAAUUUAAUGCCCCCCUUGUUUAUGAUUUUGAUUAUUUGACCAAUGUUAAUCCCAAAUUAUUCAAAUAUUAUACUUACCAACCAACCAAACAACAUAUAGAUAUACCUUCAAAUCCUUCAAGUCCUUCCGUUCCUUUGUUAUCAAGUUUCCAAGACACUUAUAAUAUGCCUUUGGAUUUUGAUGGGUCUACUACUGACUCUUACAAUUCCGAUAGUUAUCAACAUUCAGAUAAUCAUAUUUAUGGAGAAAUGGAAUUAAGUGGAUUAGAUUGGUACGACAAUAAAUUAGUUAUUGGUUGUGAAAAUGGUGGAUUAUUCAGUUGGGAUGUCAAUUAUAUUGCACGGAGAAGUUUUGGUUCCUUCUCAUUUGUAUGA